AGCAAAAGCUCUUGGGAUUACACCUGUGCGUAUAAAGUCUUCGUUGCCAGAUUUCGUCGCUUCGCUCUAGUUAAAUCCGUCAAAGCGAAGCAAUAUUGCUCUCUUGAAACAUUUCCCAAUUUCACAACUAUGUACUGGACACUAACCGCUGGUUUUGCGGUUGUACUACUCACCUACUCUCUUCUUCGGGCAUUACUGUACUCCACUCAGGAUGUCCAUGAACCACCACCCCUAGAUACAUUCAUACCAUUCAUCAGUCCAGUUAUUCGCAUGGCCUGGAUGGGCACUAGGUACUGGACUGCACAGCGUGAUCUCCCAAUCUAUACGAUACGGCUACCGGCUACUCGUCUCUAUGUCGUGAAUUCCACAUCGCUCAUUCCGGCAGUACAACGUCAUGUUCGAACACUCUCUUUCUCGCCUAUAUUAUCACGUAUCGCCUCGAACUUGAUUGCCGCCAGUCAGCCCGGUGUUCAAAUAUUGAGUGAAGAUGAGGAGGAUGGUUUCAUUGCUAGAUUCCAUAAUUUUAACCAUGUUAGCCUAGCAUCUGGAUCAAAUCUGGAUGCUCUCAACAAGAAGGCUUGGGAAGUCACGGCGUCUCUUCAUUCCCAAGAAUAUUAUGAUUCGCCUAGAAAAUUGCGCAUGUACGAAUGGAUAUCCCAUGGGGUCAUGAUGGUAACUACCGAGGCGCUUUAUGGUCAUCAAAACCCAUUCCGGAGUCCUGAAAUUAGGGAAGCCUGGCAUGAAUACAAAUCUGGAUUAACCUACCUGGUGACAGGAUUCAUGUCGUCAAUAACGGCAAAGAAAUCCGCCCGUGCCCGUAAGGCUUUAUUCCAAGCCUUCGAACGCUACUACGAAGGGGUUGGUCUAGAGGACGUGGGAACGUCGACUUACAUAAAAAAGCAACACGAUGUCCUUUCUCAUAGUGGCUUAUCCGACCCAGACAUUGCGAAAACCGCAACUGCAUUCACAAUUGCGCUUCUGGCAAAUACAAUUCAGGCUACUUUCUGGCUCGUAUAUCAUAUCUUUUCCAAUGAUGCCAUCCUCCAAGACUGCCGCAAAGAGCUGUUGGCGGUACUGCAAAAAGGGGAAAACGGCAGCCACUAUCUUGACUUGACAUCAGUGAAGCACUCAUGUCCCAUUUUAUUCUCCACGUAUCAGGAGACUAUUCGCACUCACUCUAUGGGUGUGUCUGUCGUCCAGGCCGUCGAGGACCAGUUGAUUGCUGAGCGGUACCUCCUUAGGAAGGGUGCCUUGGUUAUGAUCCCUUCGAGCGUACAGCACGGAAAUAAGUCUAUCUGGGGUGAAAACGUGGACGAUUUUGAUUAUCUACGGUUCCAUCGAGAAAAAGGGAAGAAAAAAGGAUGGAACCCCGUAGCAUUCCGUGGGUUUGGCGGUGGGUUGAACUUAUGCCCUGGUCGCCAUUUCGCCACUUCGACAGCCCUGGGGUUUGCAGCAAGUAUCAUCUUGAGUUUUGAUAUGCAACCAACUAACGGACGAUGGGUGAGGCCAACUAUUAAGAAUUCUAGCUUCAGCAUCGCCCUCAACCAACCUGAUACAGACCUGGACGUAAAGGUCUACUGCCGAGAAGAACAGGAAUGGAAGGCUACUUUCUCUACAUCGGAACGGCGAAUGCAAGUCUCGGCGGAGGACAUUGAUGAUGGUGGGAUGCCUGUACAUACCUACUUAGGUACCUAGGUAAUUGAUGCCUUCUUUUUUUUUGGCUUUUUUGAUAUUUAAGACAUACAUAUAUGUAUAAGCUAGAGAGAAGGGGAGUGCCAUCAAAAGUGUAGACAGUGCAAAUAUGUAUGAAUGAUACGGUAUAAUUUCUACCCUCCUAAUUCGACA